ACAACCCAUAUUCAGAUCCAUAUAAACUCUAGAGGGUUCAACUUCAAGAACCAAAUAAUGAUGAAGAGUGCAAGGCUGAAUGGGCGACAUCGUUUCAUAAUUUCUUCUUUCUUCUUCAUCAUGUUCCUUUGUGUCUUAGCUUCUAUCAAUGAAGUCCGAUUUGAUAGCUUCUUAAAGUUUGGUCAGUGUGCUCUAGCCAACGUGCCCUCACACAAUUCAUCGUUAGAAAACAAUAUUGUAGCUUCAAAUUCUUCUUCUUCUUCUUCCUCGGAUGAAAUUCGAAUACUCAUCGGCAUUCUAACACUUCCGGAUCAAUACCAACGCCGCCACUUCCUCCGACUCAUCUAUGGAACACAGUCUCCAUUGGGUGCCAAAGUUGACGUGAAGUUUGUCUUUUGCAACCUAACAAAGGAAGACCAAAAGGUACUUGUUGCACUAGAGAUAAUGCGUUAUGAUGAUAUCAUAAUCCUCAACUGCAAAGAAAACAUGAACAAGGGUAAGACUUACACAUACUUUUCAAGCUUGCCAGAAAUGCUAAAUGAUACAAAUAGUCCUUACCCUCCAUACCAUUAUGUCAUGAAAACCGAUGAUGAUACUUACUUUAGGUUAAAUAGCUUGGUAGAGUCUUUGAGGCCAUUGCCUAGAGAAGACUUGUACUAUGGUUAUGUUAUUCCUUGUCGUAGCAUGGACCCUUUUGUGCAUUACAUGUCUGGAAUGGGUUAUAUGAUUUCUUGGGAUAUAGUGGAGUGGAUUAGGGAUUCUGAUAUUCCAAAGAAUCACCUGGAAGGGCCUGAAGAUAAGGUUUUUGGCGAUUGGAUUCGAGAAGGGCAUCGUGCUAAGAAUAGGUACAAUGCUAAGUGGUCUAUGUACAAUUUUCCCGAGCCGCCCACGACAUGUACACAUGAGCUUUGGCCAAACACGAUUGGUGUUCAUUUGUUGAAGACGCAAGAGAAGUGGAUUCGGACAUUGAAGUAUUUCAAUGUCACAGAUAAUUUGAAACCAUCUAAAUUGUAUCAUAUACCUUAAUU